CUGAAGAACAAGUUCAUGAAGAAGAUUCCUCGUGAUGCCGAAGCUUCAAAUGUCCUGAUCGGUGAGGUGGAUUUUCUGGAAAAACCCUUCGUGUCCUUUGUUCGUUUGGCUCAGGCCACGACUCUGGGAGGCCUCACCGAGGUCCCUGUGCCGACAAGGUUUCUCUUCAUCCUGCUGGGUCCUCAGGGCAAAACCAAGUCCUACAAUGAGAUUGGCAGAGCGAUCGCUACACUCAUGGUGGACGAUCUGUUCAGUGACGUCGCCUAUAAAGCGAGGGACCGCGAAGACCUGAUCGCAGGCGUUGACGAGUUUCUCGAUGAGGUGAUUGUCCUCCCUCCAGGAGAAUGGGACCCGAAAAUUCGCAUCGAACC